CCGUGCGGCAAUGGAAGAUACGAACACAAAUAAACCUUUGCCACAACUUUCACUUUAACAUAGCUGACAAUUAGUUUCUCAUCACGUGUAGUUAGCUUUGACGUGUCAAAUUUUAAUUCACUUAUUUGCAGCGUCAAAAAAGUUAUUAUAAAAAAAGAAGAAAUUUUACAUUUUUUUUAUAAAAUCAUUUGUUAUUUAAUCGAAAAAAAUAUUAAUUUGGAGAAAUAGUUUUUCUAACUAGUCGAAAAAAAUGAUGAAAUCUAUUAUAUUAAUUGGGGGACCCUCCAAAGGUACAAGAUUCCGUCCACUUUCGCUCGAUGUUCCAAAGCCCUUAUUCCCAAUAGCGGGACUGCCAAUGAUUCAACAUCACAUUGAGGCUUGUUCGAAAAUGGAAAAUUUAAGUGAAAUUUUAAUAAUUGGCUCGUAUCCGGCUUCGGAAUUUUAUCAUUUUGUCCAAGAAAUGAUAAGUCUUUAUUCAUUGUCAAUUCGUUAUUUACAAGAAUUCACACCACUUGGCACUGCCGGUGGAAUGUAUCAUUUUCGUGAUCAAAUUAUUUCUGGUAAUACAAAAUAUUUUUUCAUAAUGAACGGCGAUGUUUGCGCUAAUUUUCCACUUAAGGAAUUAUUUGAAUUUCAUAAGAAUAAAAAUUCCUUGUUCACAAUAAUGGCAACUGAGACAACAAGAAAACAAUCGUCAAAUUAUGGAUGUAUUGUUGUGGGUAAAAAAGGUGAAGUCAAUCAUUAUGUUGAAAAACCAUCGUCCUUUGUCUCGUCGUUAAUUAAUUGUGGUGUUUAUAUUACAUCGCCGGAUAUUUUUCAAACAAUGUCCGAUGUAUUUUUCACUAGGCAAGAGAAGAAAAAUAUUGGCGAAUAUCUGAAUGGCAGUGGUAAGGAUCCAGCUCACAUUUCUUUAGAAGAAGAUAUACUGUUAAAAUUGGUUGCCACUAAUCAGAUGUAUGCGUUACCGGUGACAAAUUGGUGGUCACAGGUGAAAACUGCUGGUGCUGCUAUUUACGCAAAUCGACAUUAUCUCACGCUGUAUCGGCAAAAAAAACCUGAACUAUUAGCACCAAAUGAAGAUUUUGAUAAUAGAAUUAUUGGCGACGUUCAUAUUCAUCCUACAGCUUUGGUUGACUCCACAAGUGUGUUGGGGCCUAAUGUCAGUAUAGGGCCGAAAGCAUUCAUCGGCCCUGGGGUAAGAAUACGAGAGUCAAUUGUCCUCGGGAAUGCGCAAAUUGAAGCUCAUUCUGUUGUUUUGCACAGUAUAAUUGGUAAAAAUAGUUUUAUUGGAAAGUGGGCCCGAGUCGAAGGCACUCCUUGUGAUCCAAAUCCAAAUAAACCUUUCGCUAAAAUGGAGAAUUCUCCGCUAUUUAACAAUAAUGGAAAACUCAAUCCAGCGAUUACAAUUCUCAGUACAAACGUGAGUUUAUCAGCGGAAAAAAUUCUUCUCAAUUCCGUCGUACUGCCUCAUAAGCAGCUCACCAGAAACUUCAAGAACGAAAUUAUUCUUUAGGUUCGAAUAAAAUAUGUCCCCCUCAGUUAAAAAAGGGGAAAGAAAGCGUAACAAUUUUUUUUUCCAAAUAUUAAAGUUAAAAACUGUAUUGUAAAUACAUAUUAUAUACUCCAUUUUAUGCCACCUAAUUUCAAUAUGUAUAAAUAAAAAAUUUGUAGCAUACCUAAUGUUCAUAGUAGAAAAAUUUUUUUAUAAUUUUAUGAAAAAUUUUAUUAAUUUAAGAAAAGAAAUUAAUCUAAGAGAAAAAUUUAUUAACUUAUAAACUUUAUUAAAAUUAAAGCGACUAUUAUAUAAAAAUUCUAAACUUUAUAACUAAACUUUAUAAUGUAAAGAAAACGUAGUUAAAAAUUAUAUAGAGGUAAAUAAUAUAUAUUAUUAUAAUGUACAAGAAACUAUAUUUAAUA